UGCGCAGGAGUGACGGGGCUCGGGCAAGUAGGAGGGAGUGUUUUGGUUCUCGCCGCUCGCCGUCCUUUCCAGACCUGGCUGUCGGAAAGCUGCCUGAUCCUGCUUUGCCUUCCCCUUCCCUUCCCUUCCCUUCCCCGGAUUUUCCCUCCUUCCCUUUACGUGCCUUUCUUUGAUCGCCUGUCGCCCCGAGGCCGGGCCAUUUUCCGGGCCGGGCGCACGAAAGCGCGCGGCCCCGGGGCCCGGUAUAUGACCCGCCGCCCUGCCGCCCCUUGCUUCCUCCGCCCCAUGUGGCUGCGGGGCCACGGCGGCGCUGCCCACUAUGGCCCGGAAAGCAGUUAGCAGGAAGCGGAAAGCGCCUGCCUCGCCUGGAGCCGGGAGCGACGCUCAGGGCCCGCAGUUUGGCUGGGAUCACUCACUACACAAACGGAAAAGACUCCCCCCAGUGAAGAGAUCCUUAGUGUACUACUUGAAGAACCGGGAGGUCAGGCUGCAGAAUGAAACCAACUAUUCUCGGCUGUUACAUGGUUACGCGGCACAGCAGCUUCCCGGUCUCCUGAAGGAGAGAGAAUUUCACCUUGGGACCCUUAAUAAAGUGUUUGCUUCUCAGUGGUUGAAUCAUAGGCAAGUGGUGUGUGGCACGAAAUGCAACACGCUCUUUGUAGUAGAUGUCCAGACAGGCCAGAUCACCAAGAUUCCCAUUUUGAAAGACCGGGAACCUGGAGGUGUGUCUCAGCAGGGCUGUGGUAUCCAUGCAAUAGAGCUGAAUCCUUCUAGAACACUCCUAGCCACUGGAGGAGACAACCCAAACAGUCUGGCCAUCUAUCGGCUGCCUACAUUAGAUCCUGUGUGUGUGGGUGAUGAUGGACACAAGGAUUGGAUCUUUUCCAUUGCGUGGAUCAACGAUACUAUGGCAGUGUCUGGCUCACGGGAUGGUUCUAUGGGACUCUGGGAGGUGACAGAUGAUGUAUUGACCAAAAGCGAUGCAAGACAUAACGUGUCACCAGUCCCUGUGUAUGCUCACAUCACUCACAAGGCCUUAAAAGAUAUCCCCAAGGAGGAUACAAACCCGGACAACUGCAAGGUGCGGGCUUUAGCCUUCAACAAUAAGAACAAGGAGUUGGGAGCAGUAUCACUGGAUGGCUACUUUCAUCUCUGGAAGGCUGAAAAUACAUUGUCUAAGCUCCUUUCCACCAAAUUGCCAUAUUGUCGAGAGAAUGUGUGUCUGGCCUAUGGCAGCGAAUGGUCAGUGUAUGCAGUGGGCUCUCAGGCGCAUGUCUCCUUCCUGGACCCGCGACAGCCGUCGUACAACGUCAAGUCUGUCUGCUCCAGGGAGCGAGGCAGUGGGAUUCGAUCAGUGAGCUUCUAUGAACAUAUUAUCACUGUGGGCACAGGGCAGGGCUCCCUGCUCUUCUAUGAUAUCCGAGCACAGAGAUUUCUGGAAGAGAGGCUCUCACCUUUUUAUGGAUCCAAGCCCAGACUCGCAGGGGAGAAUCUGAAACUAACCACUGGCAAGGGCUGGCUGAAUCAUGAUGAAACCUGGAGGAAUUACUUUUCGGACAUUGAUUUCUUCCCCAAUGCUGUUUACACCCACUGCUACGACUCGUCCGGAACGAAGCUCUUUGUGGCAGGAGGUCCCCUCCCUUCUGGGCUCCAUGGAAACUAUGCUGGACUGUGGAGUUAAUGACAGCUAACUUCCUCCCAAAUGCAGAUUUACACUAACUUCCACCCUCAGUUUCAUUGUUUGGUCUUUUGAUUCUCCCGCUGUGGAAGCCCUCCUGUAUAGCGCAGACCCCAGUUUGCCAUGGUUCAGCCAGUACUAGGAGGAAGCUCUGCAGAAAUCCAAAAGGUGGGCUUUUUCUUUGGUUGGUUGGUGGUUUGUUGUUUUGGGUUUUUUGUUAAGUUGUUUGGUAGAUUUUUGUUGUUGUUUGGUUUUCCUUUCAGUAAUCAGAAUUUUACCCCCCUCUCUUUCUGCUUUUUCAACCAAAUUUACAAAUCCCUGUUUAAUUUUUUGUUAAGUGACACACACUCUUCUUUCUCUGACUUCUUUACACUGAAAUGACAAGGUCAUUCUCACCUUACUUCAUUUGAGAGGUAGGGCCCCUUUAUAAUUAUGUGGUAGCUGUCAGACUUUCUGUGAAAGUUUGGGAGCCGUGUGUGUGUGUGUGUGUGUGUGUGUGUGUGUGUGUGUGUGAACUUGUGUACCUGCUGGCGCUGUGUCACUGACACUACUCGGAGUGUGAACUUUUGUGACUGCUGGCGCUGUGUCACUGAUCCUACUCGGAGUGUGAACUUGUGUGACUGCUGGCGCUGUGUCACUGAUCCUACUCGGAGUGUGAACUUGUGUGCCUGCUGGUGCUGUGUCACUGAUCCUACUUGGAGUGUGAACUUGUGUGCCUGCUGGCGCUGUGUCACUGAUCCUACUUGGAGUGUGAACUUGUGUGCCUGCUGGCGCUGUGUCACUGACACUGCUCGGAGUGAGGAUUGUCUGUAUUAAAGUAUUUAUAAAAGAAACAACUUUACUCAGAGUCCAGCUUUGGGACUAGCCUGUAUCUUUUGUAAUAUCUGACAUUGUAGGAAGUGAAAAUUUAAGAGAAACAAACCCCACCAGGAAAACCCUUUAGUUAGAGUAGCAGGCUUGGGGUGGGAAGGAGCUCCAGAUUGCUCGCCCCUGCCCGUCCUUCCCACUGUGUAUUCCCAAGUAAGAAUGCCCGUGUGCGUGUUACUUCCUAACCUCUGGUGUCUUAGCCCAGGCCACUUGGCUAAAACAUUGGGUGCAUCUCUGGGACUGCAGAAGGCUUCCUGGUCUAGGAAAAGAGUCUCCUCUCCUGUCUCCUCUCUGCUCUGGGUCUGAUCUGGCCAAGACCAUGGCUACCAUUCUUGACAUGGCUACCAUUCACAGUCUCCUAGGACUUGUAGGAGGAACUGUUUCGUUCUUGGGGUUUUUGCUGGUAUUUUCCGAUGGGCUUUGUCCAGGAAGGAGUGAUUGUAGCGAGUGCUGUGUGUGGGAUGUCUGUUUUCGCAGUGCAGUGGAGCUUAGGAAGCCACCCCUCUGCUCCGCUGGCUCGCACCUGCGGUGGGACUGCCGGCUGUGACAGCACAGAUGUGAUCACACUACACUUGUUCUUCUUUUGAACUUUGAGUCUGAGGCUUUUUAACUGCAGGCAGCUGGGCGUCACCCAGUCCUGAGAAACGGGGUCGUCGACCUGCAUCCAGCUUCUCAGUUGCUCCCAGGUCUUCCCGUUUUCUCUGUGUCAUUGUGGCAGGGAUUGCUGGGGAAGGGAAGCAGCAAGCUCACUUGUUAGUACACAGCAUAUGCCACAGGUGUUAGCAUAAUCACCCUAUCUAUAGUCUAGAGAAAUAGGUGCUAUGAACAGGAAAUUAAGCAAAAUGCUGGAUGCUAUGAAUCUUUUGUCUUAAUUUUUUCUAUUGUUAAACUACAGGCUGUAGAUUUCUUAGUUCUCACAGAACUUAUCAUUUUAAACUGACUUGUAUAUUUAAAAAACAAAAAUCUUGAGUAGGAUGCUUUGUGGUUUGACCAGACCGUCUGCUGUGAUGAAUUUGUUUUGAGAUUUUCUGUUUUUAAAAUGUAGCAUUUGACUUUUGCCAAGGAAAAAUAAAUCCUAU